UAUAAAUGUCACAAAAAAGUUUAUAUUCGCGUAAUAGGUCAUUUGAGUUCUGAUAGGAACAUUAUUCAAAUUAUAUCAAUAUGGUAUAAAUUAUAGUUUACACAAAAAAACAAAUAAGUUAGAAUAAUUGGUGUAUUUACGUAUUUAGUAGUAUUUAUUUUCGGCCAGAAUUUUUUUGGUGAUCAAAAACACAAACUUGUUGAUGAGUUGAAAUCGUUUUUAUGGAUAUAGAGAUGGAACCUCAAGUAAUGACAAAUAAUAAAUUAAAUUUACUGUCAGACACUAUGUUUUAUGAUAUUCUCUCUAAAAAAUCUUACCCAUUGAGUAACUACAGAAAGCACUCAGAGAAGGAUAAGUCUGAAGUGUUAAAUAAUAAUAAAGAACUUAUUAAAUUAGAAUCAGAUAUGGGAAAUCUAGAGGUAAUAAAUCCGAAUGUUACAUUGGUUAGUUUUCCCCUAACAAUGAUGCCUCCACCUCCCCACAAAAUUGUCAAUUACAAUAACAAUAAGGUAAAGCAGUACCACCCUAGAGACUCACCUAGGCAACGAGAUAAUUAUAGACCUAUAUCCCCAAAAGGAUAUGACAGUGAUGAAAGCUGUACAUCAUAUUCUUCAAGAGAAACCCCUCCGGAAAGCAGGGUAAAACAUACCAAUUUAAGAAGUACUGUUAGUAGAGCUGAUGAACAAACUAUAGUAGUAGGAAAAUAUUGUCACAAUUCUCCGAAUGUUUACCAUUCAUCUAAUAUUCACUAUCACGUACAACAUAAUCAUAGUACACACAACAGUAAUGGGCAUUACAGUAAAAACAGAUACUAUACCAACAGUAACAAUAAUAACCAUAACCACAACCAUCACAAUUCCAACUCCAACGGCCGUCAGAAAUACAACGGCCAUUCGAAAAAUAAUAUGGAUACGAUGAUAAAGAGGGCGCACGGGUUAGUGGAACGAUUCAAAUCUCGCGCGGAAAUGUUGAAAAUAGAGCCCAAUCCGCUCGGAUUAUCCAGCGGCGGACCGUGGGACCAACUCAAUCAAGAAAUUUGGGAUCUUUUUAUUAAUAGGGCGCAAAAGGAGAAAACAUAUGACAUGAAAAUUAACUUGUGGAAAAAUCUAUUUUUAUAUAUAAGGAAGUGUUUAAGCAGCUAUGGUUUGUUUAUGGUCGGAUCCACCAUGUCGGGAUUCGGUUUGGAGAGUAGUGACAUCGAUAUGUGCUUGUUAACGAAACCUUGUACUAACGAUCCUCGAUUAGAUUCUCUACACCACCUUGAUGCGAUUCGAGAACUUCUAGUCAAAAACGAGGUGACGGCAGAUCCGGAGUUAAUAUUGGCCAAAGUUCCUAUUUUGAAGUUCAAAGAUAAAGAAACAGGAUUUGAAAUCGACUUAAACUGUAAUAAUGCCGUGGGAAUUCGGAAUACUCAUCUCUUAUAUAGUUAUGCCCGUCUUGAUUGGAGAGUCCGUCCUCUGGUGAUUAUUGUGAAAAUAUGGGCCCAAGCAAAUAACAUCAACGAUGCUAAGAAUAUGACGGUGUCGAGUUACUCGUGGGCUUUGAUGGUUAUACACUACCUGCAGCGUAAGUAUAGUUGCGGUGGAGUAGUUCCUCCAGUUCUGCCCUGUCUGCACGGAUUGAUCCCCGACAAGUUCAACUCUUUCACGGAAAACCACUCGAUGGACGUCCAAGAAGAACUCCCCACCAUCAAAGAUUUCCAAUCGGACAACAGCCUAAACCUAGCGGAACUUCUCAUCGGCUUCUUCAGAUACUACACCAACUACGACUUCAACCACUACGCCAUAUCGGUAAGAACGGGCUCCAGCCUGCCCAUAGAUGAGUGUAGAUUCACGAAAGCCCCCAAAAACGAUCCACACCAGUGGAAAUUUCUAUGCAUCGAAGAACCGUUCGAUCACACGAACACUGCUCGUUCGGUGUUCGAUCUGGAAUCGUUCAAGCUCAUUAAAAACAGCAUUACGGCCUCGUACGAAAUACUCGUCAAUACGAAAAAUCUUUGUAGCAUUCUCCCUGUGAACGGAAAAUCCGAAGUAAGAUGAUACAGCGACAGUUUUGAUCAAAUUAUUUUUUACUAAAGUAAAAUCCCGCAGAUCCUUAAUUUACUAUUGGAGUAAAUCUUUCUGUCUUUUAUAUACAGUAGUACUUAUUUCAAUACCGAUAUGUGAUAAUAGUAUUUUGAUUCUGGUUUCUCCCCUUCGGGUUGUGAAUUAAAACUGUUAAAGUGUCACUCGGGAUACAAAUCGAUAAUUUUGGAGCUCUCGUGCAAUUACUAUUGAUAAUUUUUGAGGAACUUUGACUCCGCUGAAAGUCGCAAUAAUUGUAGUAGUAAUAAAAGACAAUCUUCCUUUUAAAUAAUUUUAAUAAAAAAAGCCACUUUACUUUAUCAUAUAUUACAUAUCAACUUAAAAUAUAAUACUUAAUCCAUUCCGUCAAAGCUUAUUUCGCAAAAUUACCCCGCGACAAGACAUUUUCAAAACGCCUUUGAAAAUGCCCUGCAAGUCCCAAGCAAUUUGAUCUUUAUAGGUUCUACAACCGAUUUCGGAAUCAUUGUCGGUAUGUCUUCAAAUGAAUCAAAAGAUUGCCUCUCGUCCGUUGGACGGACAGCCGGGUGGGCGGCAAUCUAUAAAUCGCGCUUAAGUGUCAAUGUAAUUUUUCAUUAAUCGUUUUAAAGCAUAUUUACCCUAUACACCCUACACAAUAGGUAAAGCCGCCUCUGAGUGGCAGUCUAUUCAUGCUGAAAUGACAAACCAAACUAAAACAUAAAUCACUUGGCAGCUGUCAUAAUGGCCGUCAGUUAAAAACGUGUUGCCAACUCACAUUUCUAUACCUCUAACGGCCGGUUUCACAAAGUAAAGUUAACUUGUGGUUAAGAGAUAACCAGAGGUUACCCCAAAAUAUGCGUUUUAGUUUCACGUCAACGGCGAAGUAUGGUUAACUCACAGAAUUUUUAACCAGAGGUUGGAGUGGGUUACCCUUAUGGGUAUACCCAGAAGGGUAACAAUUAUGAAACUGAAACGCAUAUUUUGGGGUAAUUUUGAGGUUAUCUCUUAACGACAAGUUAACUUUAUUUUGUGAAACCGGUCGUAAAAAACACCCUUUUCUUUAAUUGUCAUCAACCUUAUGCAAAUAGUAAAUUAGGGAUCCCACAGAUUUUAUUUUGGUUUUUGAACAUUCCGAAUUUUUGAUCGAGGCCAUUUUUAUAAGAUAUUUAUUACUAUAUAUAUUCGGGAGAAUGAUUUAGGUAUUUUUUGUGUGUAUGUCUAUUUUUUUGUUUGUGUUCAAUAAUUGACCACCACUACAGGAAGAAGUUGAAUUGGAGUUUAAUUUGCCUUUAAUAUCAUUUAUAAAACUCUGUUCAAAAUCAAAAUAUAAAGUAAUCAAACGGAAGAACCACUCGAAAGCGAAUUUAAUAUCGUCAAAUCUGAUGUACUGUUUGUAAAGUAGCAGCUAUUUCAUAUGUUUGUUAUACAUCAGAUUUGUGAAUAUAGUCUUUUUACUACAAAACACUCUUAAGCCGAUGCCGCAGUGCAGGAUGCUAGAUGGUGGCUUGGAUGGUGGAUUUUAAAGGUGGAUGGUGGAGGGUCGCUGCAUCCUGGACGCAGUGAAAGAGUGAAAUGAAGUCAGAAGUCAGUAUCCAACUGACUGCUGAGGAAUCGUUUGUUUCAUUUGUUACGUUACAUUUGGUUUGUUUUUUAGGAUACGUCAUAUAAGAGGUAAAACUCACUCACUAAACUUUUCAGAAAGUGGAGAAAAAUCGACUUAAAGGCAAAAAUUGUUUUUUAAAUUCACCUGACUUGAAUAUUGGAUUUUUGUUAAUGCAACUGCAAAGAAUAAAUAAAACAGAUAUUUUAAGCCAUGUUUCGUCACAUAGUGGGUCUGCUGGGUGCCAAAUUGCCCUUCUUUUAUACACAGCACUUAUUACGCUUUCCUCCAUAGCGAGGCUAUCCGGAUGGAUUAUCAAACACGACUGAUAUGGGUGGAUAGACGCCUGGCGGACCACUGGGUGGGUAGAUGGUAGUGGGAGGCCACUGCGGCUACCGUCGUUGUAUUAUUCGUGGUAUAAGUAGCUGGAUGGUCGCCAGGCGGGUAUCUACCAUCCACCAUCCUAGCAAACUUCCUGCACUGCGGCAUCGGCCUUACUUCAUUCAAGAUUUCUGACGUCAGAGCAUUGCCAUAACCUUAAAAUAUGACUUUUCAUCAUAGGUAUGUUUCUUGUACAGUGAGAAGCUAGGCAUCAUUACUUGUCAGAGAUAUUUUUCUUUGUUUUUGUUUAUUGUACAAAUAAUAUCUGUAAUUCCUUGUUCUAAUUAAUGAUGUCAAUCGGUUUUCAUUACUUGCUGAAAUAUAUUAACAACAAUAUUAUCAUAGUGCAUAGUCAAUAAAAUAGAUCAUUUAAUAUUUUAAGGCUAAAAAUGUCAGAUACAUCCACUGAAUAGUAUUUAAUACGACUAAAAUAAAGGCUUUGAAUUUGUUCCUGGAUUUUUGAAACCUAACACUAAAAAAUAAAAAAUAUCUACUACUUUAUAGUUAUUGACAUAAAAAUACGAAUACAUAUUAUUUUAUAAUGUUUCCAAAGCCUUUAUUUCUUUAUAAACAAUCUUGUGCUAUACCUACAAUAUUUUAUCUUAGUAAAUACUAUGCAGUACAUGCAUCUGUCAUUUUCAGCCUUAAAAUAUUAAAUGAUCUAUUUUAUUGAUUAUACACUAUAAAAAAUAUGUAAUGAAAACCUAUUGACAUCAUUAAUUAUAAUAAAUAAUUAAUAUUAUAGAUCUUAUUUGUACAGUAAACAAGAUCAAAGAAACAUAUCUCUGACAAGUAAUGAUGCCUAUAACUGUACAAGAAACGUGCCUAUGAUGAAAAGUCAUAUUCAUUUGGCAAUGCUCUGAUGUCAGAAAUCUUGAAUGACGUAAGCGUAUUUUUGUAGUAAAAAGACUAUACUUUCUUAUAUGUUUAAAAAUCCUUGGAUAGAUAGUUUAAAAGUCAGUAUUGAAAUAUCGAGAUUUUAUAUAGAAACUUUUUGUUAGACAACUUCAAUUUAUUUAGGAAAAUACUUUCCUGGGCUAUUUUUAUCAUCAUGAAAAAAAUGGAUUGUAAUAUGAUAAUGCAACUCUUUGUAUUAAUCUUUUUUAGAUUUGCUCAAUUUUUAAUCACUAUAGUAGUUUUUCUUUUUAAUUUAUAAUAUUUUUGGAACUGUCAUUGAUUUUUGUCAUAUAUGCGAUUGAUUUGACAUCAUUAAUCUAGCCUGAGUAAGAAAAUCCAUAUAUUUUUACUAUAUGUCUCUCAUUAAUUUUUCAACAUAGUCUCCGUUUGUACAAGCUGUGCAAAACAUUUUUUCUUGAUGGGAAAAGGUUACACAGGACUAAAUCAGGCAAAACAAAGCGUGGUCCAUUAAUUUGAUGUCACUUAACGCCAUCUAUCGAAGGCUAAAAUAAUGUCAAAUUUUUGUAUUUGUGUAAAAUCUUGUUCUCUUGACUUAUUGCAUUUUAUGAUACUAUGAAGACACUUUGUUUUAGUAAUUUUUUUAAUGAUCUGCAAUUUUUGUCUUAUAUUAAUAUUUGAGCGGUCUGUAUACAACCAAAACCAUAUUUGUUACCAGAUAUUGAAGUGUUGACAUUGUCAUUGAAUGUCAGUUUAGUUUGAUCUGACUUUAUUUAAUCGAGGAAAGUAUUUUCUUUAGAACCCAGUGAGAUAAUACGGUCAAUUUGUUGUUUUUAAUAUGUAGUUAUUUAUAAAACUAAAAAAAAUCAAAUAAUUUAAAAUACUCACUACGAAACAUUUAUAAAAAAUCGUGGUGGGCGCAAAAAAAUGUCAGUAUUAGUUUAUUUUUGUUUGUAGUAUUAAGUUCAAAUUUAAAUAGCUAUCGGACAAGUAUAACGCGUGACUGGUUUCUACAUAGAAGAAAAUUAUAUGAAGUUCGUUAACAAAAACUUGCCGUGGUGUUUGACUAAAUGUUCGUUCAGACGAUGACAAUGAUACUGGUGUUGUACUUACGAUUUCAUAGGGAAAUUACCUGACUUAUUGAAACUUUGUUUGAUCCUGUUCUCGGGAUGUAGAUCCUAACGGUAAAUAGAAGCUAUAUAUAAGCAAUAGAAGCAGCAAAUCCGGCUCGAAGGACCACAUUAAGAUAUACAGGGUGUCCCCAAAAAUAGUGCGUUCCUCUAAGGUAUGGAUAUAAUACACAAUGUAGAAUAAAAAAGUCCUAUAACAUUUUUUUCUAAAGUUUACCGUUUCCAAAAAAAAAAUUACAUUGUUCGCCAUAUAAGCGAACUUUUAUUUUCAUAAAAUUAACUAAUUUGGCAUCACUGUGCAAGAACUGUUUGUGAUUUAGUUUAUUGACACCACAAAUGUAGGUCAGACAGGUACACAUGCAAAAUAAUUGUACCACCCCUUGUUUGAAAAUCCAACAAAACAAGAAUUUGUUUACAGAAUCAGAGAAAAAAAAAGAAUUUGUUUGUUUAGGAGGAAGACAGGGUUUAAUGUAAAUACUUAUGGCUAAAAUGCUGCAACUAUUUUUUAAUUGUGAUUGUCUAUGUUUAGAUUUUUGUAUACAUAGUUGUCAGAUUUCAAUUUGCAUACCAAAAUGUUUAGUUUUUUAGCCAAACGGUUGCAUUUAGAAAAAAAUGUUAUAAGACUUUUUUGCUCUACAUGGUGCCUUCUACCUAUACCUUUAAGGAACGGACUAUUUUCGGGGACACCCUGUGUAUGUUGUCACUUACGGCCUAUUAAUCACAACAAUUAUAAAUUUUAUUUGGCCUACUAAAUACUGCAAAUGAUAAGCGUAAGGUUAUAUUAUGUGUUGACGGGCGGAAAGUUUACAUUCUUCUGUUUUCACUGCUACGAUCACAGUUCACUAUCGUCUGUGCGGAGGAAGAAUUAAAAUAGACACGGCGUUGCCAGGUCUCAAAUAAAAGGGAAAUACCUUUAAGGAACGCACUAUUUUCGGGGACACCCUGUAUAUGUUGUCACUUACGGCCUAUUAAUCACAACAAUUAUAAAUUUUAUUUGGCCUACUAAAUACUGCAAAUGAUAAGCGUAAGGUUAUAUUAUGUGUUGACGGGCGGAAAGUUUACAUUCUUCUGUUUUCACUGCUACGAUCACAGUUCACUAUCGUCUGUGCGGAGGAAGAAUUAAAAUAGACACGGCGUUGCCAGGUCUCAAAUAAAAGGGAAAUGCCCAGUAUUUAACGUAGCAUGAUCGAAAACCAACAAAAAAUCUUCAUGCAGUGGUAGAUCUAGGCAUCAAAUAACCAUAUUUAAUGCCACACCAGGCUUAACCAUAUUUCAUUGUUUAACAUUAAGUCUAUUACUAUUGUAGUUACGCGCCACUGUUACCUGCUUUAACGGGAAUCUCGUUUUUUUGAAGUUGUACUUCUUUAGGCGCGAUUGGGAGUGCAUUUUUAAUUCCGUGCGCAUGCGCACACAGACAGUAUGCAGUUCGUUGCUAAAUUUUUUAAGUUAUGUAUCAGUCCAAAAAGGGUGUGGAAAGAAUAUAUUAGUGUUUUUAGUAAAUAUAUUUAUUAUAAUUUUUGUGUCUUUGGAUUUGUCUUCCUCGGGAAUAAGAUAGUAAGUAAUAUUUAAAGUAUUUUUAUACUUCACUUGAUAUUUUUUGUCACUAUGUCUGGAAAUCUUGUAAUCCGUAAAAACAAAGGGAGUAUAGCUCAGUGGUAGAGCGUUCGACUGGAGAUCGAGAGGUCCCCGAUUCGAAUCCGUGUUUUCUAUUUUUUUUAUUUUUGGUAUUGUUUUAAUAAACAUUUUUGGAAAGUAGUAAGUAAAAAUUUGUUUAAUCUUUAAAUAAAAUACAAAUGACCUGUUGAAAGUAUAUUUAUUUCGUUGAAAUCAUAUAAUAGAAGUACACACACAUUCUUUUUUAUAAUAUAUGUGUUACAUAUAAUGUAACACAUUAAAUAUAAUUCUACGCUGUCAGCUAUAACGGAUUUUUACAUUUUUAGAAAGUAGUCAGCAUUUCGAUGUUUUAGCUUUCAAUGUUUUACACAGUAAAAAGCAACAUGAUGAAAAGAGAGUGCCAGUUAAUAAGUAUCUCAUAGUACUGGUUUUUCACAAUAGGAUUUUUGUGUUUCGUUUGAGUGACUGUCAUUAUCGUGAAUCCCUGAUGAUAUUUUUGAAUAUUUUUGUUAGCGUAGGCUUCAUAAAAAAGAUAUCGUUAGUAGCUGAAUAUCACAAAUACAUUUCGAUUUACUAUAUUUACUUAAAAAAAAAACGACUAAGAUCCUUUAUAAAAGGUAUAUUUGUUAAAAUCCCUAAAAAGGGCUACAUCACAGAACUAGUUUUCGAUUGGAUGACCAAUCAUCAUCAGUGCUUACGUGAUCUAACAUGCUUACCACCAAAAUACAAUAUUAUAAAAAUAUAUGGGUAAAAACCCUUUAAAAGUGAUCCGUCAAGGAAACAUAGAUGAAAUCUGUGAAUUUAAACAUGGAUGUUCAAAAUAUUCCAUGUAAUAUGCUCUAGGUACUAUCUGAGCUCUAAAUCGACUUGUUCACAUAUUGACUGUCCGGUGACAAGUGCCAGUGACAUAUUUCAUCUGUUUCCUUGACGGAUCACUUUUAAAGGAUUUUUACCCAUAUAUUUUUAUAUUAUUGUAUUUUGGUGGUUAGCAUGUUAGAUCACGUAAGCACUGAUGAUGAUUGGUCAUCCAAUCGUAAACUGGUUCUGUGAUGUAGCCCUUUUUAGGGAUGUUUAAUGAUAUACCUUUUAUAAAGGAUCUUAGUCGUUUUUUGUAUUAUAUGGUAUACAGCCAACUACAGUAAAACUUUUUCCUUGUGGAUUUUUAUACUUACUUUAGUUUCUGAGCACCGUAUUGGGCUGUGUUCAAUGCUAGUUGGUUGCCUGUUCAUAGGUCAUCGAGAGUGCAUCUAUGUGGGCAAUUUGAGUAGGCUAGUAGAGGUUCCAUGUUCUGUAUAUUUCCUUAGGCACACUUAUCGUCAUACCCGUUCAGCAGACCCCAUUUAAUAAGGUUUGACUUGGUCGGUGAUAAAGGUUCAGCAUGUGCCACGUCGACCAGUCGCUUGAAUCCCGCUUUGUGGAGUUUCUGUUAGUGGAUAACAGGGUAGUGGUUCGUCUAACAGGGUGCUAAGGAAAGGCUUUCUUGAUUGCCAGGAUACUGCUCUGUUUUGUUUGGAUCUUUCGGUGAAUUCGUGGGCCGUUCAUACAACCAGUAAUGAGUCUGAAGUUUCGUUCAGACUGACAUUUACUUUCAUGGCGUGCGCAGAUCUCUUCAAUACCGGGCAUGCGUAUUCCGCCAUUGAGAAGCAUAGCGCCUGCGCUGUUGAUCUUACUACUGUGGAUUUGGUGCUUAAUUUACUAUUUAUGUUCUCUUAAAAGGUUAUUACGCGCAUCCACCGUCUUUCGGGUUUUUUUCACAGCGGAACCUGUAUGUUAAUGUGGUAUAUUGGAUUUUCUGUGUGCUCUAGCUAGGUGUUAUUCCAAGUGAUGUUGAGUUUCCUUUUGGCCAGUCGGAAUUAAAAGUGGAAAGAAGGUCGAUUUACUACAUUUUGCUAUUAGCAAAAUCAUUUUAUCUACCUACCAUCAAAUAUACGUAGCUUACACUUUUAUUUCAUUAUACCGUGAACUGAAUCGACUACUAUCACUUCUUUAUGUGAGUUUCAUCGGCUUCCAAAUGACAUACAACUGCUAAGUUACCGAUAAAAUUCUUUGAUCUGGAAGUCGAUACGUCAAAUAAAGCAGUUUUUCAAAUAUUACAGCUGUAGUUUAUUUCGUUACGUCAUUGUUACUGUCUGAACGAACCUGAAGAUCUUUUUUGCGGCUCUAGUCUUAGGAUAUUUAUGGUUCUGAAAAUGUGCAAUAUAACGUUAAUCUGUUUAUUCGUUAUACUUUUCUGAUAGAACCUCUUUAGCUUUACGCUUAACUUUGCGGGAUGAGAUCCCGUGAAAACUGUAAAAGAUACAUAUCAUACAACGGGUGCGUUUCCCUAAAAACAAUAUUAAGCAACGAUAAUAUACAUUGAUGAUAUAUUUGUUUAUGUUGAACGUUAUGAGAUUAUAUUUUUUAUCGUUGCGUGUAUGAUACAUUACUCAGUGUUUUCAGAUGUUUAUACAUUGGUGUAGAUAAUUCUUAAAAAAAUGUGAUGUUACCCUCAACUCAAACGCGACGAAAUUUGGCAACAGCCUUAGAACUCUAGUUACCAGUCACACCAUACUACGUUUCGCGGUCACUUUGUAGUACAGACUCUUAUAAAGAACAGUGUUCCGCGGAAUAAUAACUUACCUACAUUUAGCUUUUCAGCAGUACUCUAACAUUUUAAACAUCAGUUUAAGUUUAAGACAGAUUCAAUAGUAAAUUUUUAGACUAUAAAGUUAGGUUAAGAACAAUAAAAAAUUGAUAUCGGUACCCACGAAAAAUAAUUCAUUGUGGACCUAAUUAUAGACAGUAAGGUAGAAUUGUUUCCGCCUACUUAAAACCGGCAACAGUGAGCUCCAAGGUUCCAUAAGAUUUACAUAGCUCUAUGCUUUGCAUACUGCAAAAAGACUGCGAAAUGCGCUAUAGUAAUCAUUUUGUAGCAAUCAACCUCGGAAUAUUACCAGUAUAUUGCCACAUUUCGUCCCAGCAAACAAAUGAGAAAAUAUAAACCUACAGUAGAUCAGUUUUAGAAAAGAUCCUUGAAUUAAAUGUGUAACAAAUCAGUAAUAUUGUUAAAUAUCUAGCCUAGUUAAUUUUUAGUGAAUAAUUUUUGUGAAUCGUCAUUAUUAGAGGGUAGCACAAAAUACAAAAAAAAAAUAUUUAUAUAGUUGUAAGGAUUUCAUUUGUGAUUAAACCUAUUUUGAUCUCAAAAAUGGUGAUUUAGCUGCUAAGCGUUUUUGCCGAUUUCUUUAUAUUUCAAACAUAUUCUGGAAUUUGUAAAAAGCCACUAAUUAUAGGGGUGUGAAGAAACAAGAAACGAAAACUUACUAUAAAAAGACAAAUUAAAAGGGAUUUCUGUAAUCUGAAGAGCUAACCAAUUUGCCUCCACCCAGUAAGUUGUUCAUUAUCAACAUUUUUUCGGUUAUUUUCCAUGAUUUUACUAAAUUUCCUUCCAACCAUGUACAGUACGCCCAGGAUAGCAAUAGACGUGGGUUGCAAGCAAACCGGUGGAGGGAUGCAAAAUUAAAUAAUCUGUUUUUUAGCAGCUCCUUCUCGUUGAGCGAAUUUUAACACUGAGAGUAUUAUUUCACGAGCUAUUCAAACUUUUUCGCUUCAAUUUAUAUGGUUGAUACAUUUUUAGAUUAAAUAAACAAAGAUUUAAAAGCACUAUUGUUAAAAAUUAUUAACAAUUGAGAUUUUACACAAAAUUUGUCAACAUCGCGAAUCGUUUCUACAGUGAAACUAUCGACAAAAAUAUCUGGGCGGUUCUCGAUCAACUGAGCGCUCUAUGCCCUAAUUUGUAAUCUGCUAGCGGACACAAUAUGCUCACGUCUAUUCGUAUUCUGGUUGACCUGUACCUUUAUACUAAAAAACUUGAAAAAAGGAGUCCGAAGCAACAUGAAAAGUAAAAUUACUACAAAAGAAUCAAAUUAUAAUUAAACUUUUAUGAUUUGAAGACCUAAUCAAUUUGCCUUGAGCCUGUAAUUCCUUCAUUAACAACAUUUGUCGGAUAUUUUAUCAAAUUACCUUCAAGCCAUAUGGGCGUGGUAAAACUGCCUAUUUGAAAUUUUAGUUUCUCAGCAGUUUUUCGGUAACAAGAUACCAAAUAAAUUUUUGACAUUUACGAUGAUAUUUUUCAUCGUUUUAGUAGAAUCAGUUUGAGGGAUUCUUGAGCCAUUUUAACUGAUACACAAUAAUAAAUAUCGUCGGCCUCAUAUGAAAAGUGCCUAAGUCCCAAUUAACAAAUUUUACAGGAGACGAAAAAACUGAUUUAAAGAAUGAUUUUGACUUAAAACUUUAUCUUAUUUGACACAGUUACUUAGAAUAGUGUCCAUCAGCCUUCUCAUAAAGAUAGAUCUAUUUUUAAAAUAGAUAUUACUUUAAAAAUGAGGUUAGGCAACUUUCAUUUUUGAUUUAAGGAAAAAUGUUGGAGUUAGACACAUUUAAUACCGAAAAUCAUGAAGAAAUAGGCGUAACUCCAUAAGAAGUCUCCAAAAAUAAACUGUGAAAAAUGCUUAAGUCCCACCAGAAAAACGAAUGUGAGGGUUUAAGGAUAAUAAUGCUACUUAAAUAUAAUUAACACAAAAACUAUAAUAAUAUGAUCAAAUUGAACUUACCUUCAAUAAGUUUACACUAUUUCCUUAAAGAUAUGUUAGUUUAUAUUAUGUAAUACUUUUCUUGAAGAAAUAACACAGCAGCGCAGCAAAAGUACAUCUAACCUCAAUGACACUGAUGGAAUUUGGCAAGUUUCAUGUGAUUCACCAACACCGUGGAGUUGGGUAGAAUUCUUUUUUGUGGUUCUAGCGACAUCUAUUGACUUUUUUGUCUUGCUAUGCAUGCGUACCAUAAAAGAGUACUCAGACGGCGCAAAAAUUUAUUUUGGGACUUAGGCACUUUUCAUAUGAGACCGACGAUAUGGCCUACUAGAUUACCAUUGCCUAAAUGUAAUGUCAAUUUGAGUAAUAUUCAUCACAUUGAACUAAUUCCAGAAUAUGUCUGAAUUUGUGGCAAAGAUUGUGUUAAAUAAAGAAAAUAAAAAGUCACUACGUGCCAAAAAUGUCUAGUACUACGAAAAGGGGGCCCUAAUAUUGUUAAAAAUAAUUUUGUUACAUUCUACAAUAUACCAUGACUUCGUUGGCCUUUUAGGCUUUUCAAGACUUUUAUCCACAUCUGCUUUGAAUAUGUUAAGACUGUUUUAUAGAAGAACAAGUCAAAUAUACUCGUAUUGUUCUUCACAUUAGUCACAAAAUAACGUAUUACGGCUCCUAAAUUCGUAGACUUAAUUCUAAACCUACUAUAAAUUUAUUAGACAAUAUUUAAAGUCGAAUACAAUAAUUGUAAACAAUAAUAUAAAACUUAAUAUAUAUCAUUUUUAUAAUUUUUUCCAAAUCAACCGAACGAAUAUUUUUUUACUAAUGUGUUCAUUUAAAAACGGCCAUUGGUGAAAGGUAUUCGGGCGCCCUAGUAUUUCUACUUCUAGAUUAAAAUUUAUAAAUUACUUCUUUGUAAAACUCGAGAAGUUGAUUUUUUAAGUUUAACUUCUCGGGUUCGUUUCCAAAUAUGUAUGAAAUUAUUCAAUAAAGUCAAAUAAAUAUUGUAUUUCUUUCUUAAAAA